AUGAAAACGAUAAAUCAUCAAGAGCGUGAAGAUGUUCUACAGCAGAGACGACGUCGACAAGUAUCAAGAAUAAAGACAAGGGCAGCAUUCGACGAACAAACCGGACGACAACAAUGGGCGCGUCGACGGCGGCCAGUCAGCGGCCGGCCGGUUCAACGCCUCGGGGCGCCAGGCAGGGAAAAAGCGACGUCGUGUGCAGAAGACACCCAGGAAACCAGCACUUAUCAGUGCGGUUUGAUCGUUGGCAAUGCUAUUGUGUCGAUGAAGAUACCUGCUACUCAACCAGUACCGUAG